AUGAUAGGAAUCCCACAAAAGGAAAGGACGCGUGGUGGAGUGACCGGUGUCGAUGCAAGAGUUCAAGUGUCCUCCGUUAAGGCAGAAGGGCUGGUCGGCGCCGAAGAGGAGGGUAUCUAUGGCAGGGUGACCCAAGAUGGUGAGGCAGCCCAGCUAGGCGCCAAAAGCCAGGCAACCCAAAUGAACGUUACUGGCAUGGCGACCCAGCUAGGUGAAAAGGUGCCAUGGACGCCAGGUGGCCCUGCUUGUCNGAGCUAG